AUGAGGUUCGCGGCCUAUGUCGGGGUAAGGAAACAUGUCAACUGCACGGUCUUCAGCAACACUGACAGAUCUUUCUUCCUCAAGUUCACCGCGACCCUCGCCGUCGCCGCCAUCAGCCGGGCGUACAUCGAGCGGCCGAAUUGGUACAGUCGCAUGGUGUACGUCGGCCAGAGUGACGCCAGCAUCAUGAUCAUGGCAAACCUCGCGCUCCUCAUCUUCGGGUCCUUGUUCUACGGUUUGCAACGUCUCGUCUUCGGCGCGCUCCGUCCCAUCGAACGGGAGCAACUCUACGAAAACUGCUGGUACCAAGUGACAGAGACUCUGCUUGCGCUCACAAUGUUCCGCGAGAGCAUAGGACUGGGUCCCAUGUCAAUGUUCGUCAUACUCACUGCGGCCAAGAUCUGGCAGUGGCUUGUCGAGGCCCGUGUUGAGUUCGUUGAACAACAGCCUCCCGCCAGUCCAACUUGGUUCUACAAGCGCCUCACAAGUGCAAUCACAUUCGGCUGCCUCGCGGACUGGGCGUUGCUUCAUUACUCGUUGCGCACUUUCGUCGAAGAGGCUCGGCCUGGAAUCAUGGUCCUGUUCAGCUUCGAGUUCGCCCUUGUGCUGAUAGCUGCCAUGUCGAAUGCGGCGCGGUACCUCUUCAUCCUCAGAGACAUGUUUAUCUCCGAGAGGCAGGUCCAAGCAAGAGUGGCAGUGGCCAAGGCUCAGAUCCGCGCACACCGAGCUGAAAUUCAGAGGCAGAUCGACGCUGGGAGUGUGCCCCCACGGGCCAUGGAGGAUGCAGAGCGCGAAGAUUCAGUUGACCCGAGCAGUUUCGACGUACCCGGAUGGGAAGAGAAAGGGCGUUACAUCUUUCUCCUCGACUUGCUGACUGAUCUCGUCAAGCUCCUUGUCUACAUCGCCUUCUUCUCGAUGCUUCUUGCUUUCCAUGGCCUGCCGAUCCACAUCUUGCGAGACGUGUACAUGACCGUCAAGUCUUUCGUGAAGCGCAUCAACGAUUUUGUCAAAUAUCGCCGAGCCACCCGAAACAUGAACAGCCGUUACCCCGAUGCGACCGCUGAAGAUCUCUCGGGCGAUGACAACACUUGCAUAAUCUGCCGCGAGGAGAUGCAACCGUGGAAUCCCAAUGGAGCGUCGGUGGACGGAGUUGAACAGGAAGAACGUCACCGGCCCAAGAAACUGCCUUGCGGACACAUUCUCCAUAUGAGCUGUCUCCGAGGGUGGCUUGAACGGCAACAAGUCUGUCCUACGUGUCGACGACCGGUUCUCACGGAGAAUCCAAGGGGUACUGGUCAUCCUCUUGCGAACCUCGAAGCCCUUCAAGCCGAAGCGUUCCCUCGUAACGGCAACAACAAUAACCCCGCGCGUGGACAGCAACCUCGCGGUCGGUUCCCGGCUCUCGAUCGUUUCAGAAUCUUCAACCUUGGACCCUUUCGUUUCGCCAUUGGUGGCAUACCCGAACGCGAGCUGCGGCAGAUGAACCAGAUUCUCAACCAGCAAGAUCAACAACCCCAGCCUACCGCUGCUCCUCUUCGUAAUACUCAACGCUCGCCUGCUGUUCCCACGGACCCCGCGACUAGACUUGCGCAAAUCGAAGCCAUGUUCUUCCACGCCCGCGGCCAGAUCGAUCAGCUGAACGCCGACCGACAACAGCUCAGUCUCAUCUACGGCAUGGAAUUGGAGUUCGAGAGGAUUCGUCGACAGCGAAACAGCGCGAUACUCCGCAACCGUACCAGUGAGCGUCUUGCGGAACGACGUCGCGCCGAACCCGCUGCGCGUACUGGAUCCAUAUACGAUGAUGAGUUUCGCCAGAGGGCGUUCGAACCUCACGAGUACGAUACUGCUGAAUCAGCAGCUCAACUACUCAGACGGCGUCUCAUGGCCAUCCGCGAACAGGCCGCUCAACGUACACCAUCUGGGAUCCAGCGUGCCGAGCGCGAACAAGCCAGGGAAAACUUCAGACAGCAUCUUGGCCAGCCCUCUCCGUCCGAGUUGGACCGUUUGCGCAGACAGCGGGAGCGUGUUGCCAGACAGCCUCUCGCGACACCCCUCCAAGGCAGACCCUCCCCAGCGCGGACUCUGAUACCGAACCCUCAUGAGCCGGCCUUAAACGCGAAUUCGAGGGAGUUGCCGCUGGGGAUGACAUUGCCGCCGGGAUGGCUGCUGGUCCCCUUCCAAGAGAACCGGCCGGGGGAGAAUACAAGACAAGUCGCUUACGCAGAUAUGGCGUCCGCUCUACGAGGCAUGCACCAGCCGGUACAAGCCUCGUCAGACCUGCAAAUGCCGCCAUAUUUCGUUGAUCAGGGUCCUCCACACCCUGCAGACCAGCCCGCAGAGGCCUCGUCGGCCUCAGACAGCGCCGAGAAGCCUCACGCUGCGACGGUAGAGGACACUGAAGAGGAGUAG